AUGAGUGUCCUUUUUUUUUAUACAUGCCUUCUUAAAGCACUUGUUUUAUUUCCAUAUUAUGCACACUGUAACUAUAACAUAAAAAUUCAAAAAUUAAAAUUUGAAUCGAAAACAGAGCAAUGUAAUAAAGAAGUGGAAUUAUUUGGAGAAAAUGAUAUGUUCUUAAUUAAAAAUAAUAGCAAUAUUUAUUUGCAAAUUCAAGAUAAUAAUACCGUUAUAAACAAUUUAAAUGUUUAUGGAACUAUACACACUAAUGAUUAUUUAUUUGCUCUAAAUAGUCAAUGGAAAUUAUAUCAUAUUGAUACCUUUGAUAAAAAGGAUAAUAAAUGGGUUCCUUCGGAUAUAAGUACUUGUGGGAAUUCUCCCGAUACAUUUCUUGGAGGACCAUGUAAAUUUGGGGCAAUUGAAGCUUACACCAAAAUUACAAACAUACCAAAACAUGAAAAAUUAAAAAUAAAAAUGAGGAUUCAUUUUUUUGAUACCUGGGAUGAUGAGUCUUUAUUUUUACAAGUUGAUGAUAAAAUUAUUUGGACAGAGUCUCACAAAUCUAAUGAUACACCGUCAACCAUUUUGGGAAUCGAUGUGUGCGGAAAAGAUACCCCAGACAGAUUAUCAGUCCCUAUUGACGCCGAAUUUGAGCACUCCGCGGAUUCGAUGAGCAUAUUAUUAGGAAGUACUCUAAAAAAAACAACAGACUCAUGUGUAACGUCAUGGGGAAUAGACGAUUUGGUUGUCUAUUAUAAAUGA